CGCCCCUCCCCGUCAAGCGGGUUACAUACCGUAUUAAUCAUAUAUUCCUUUGUUAAUAACCAAACGAUGACAACGAUAAUUCAAAACUAUCCAAUCCUAUUUUACAAAAAACAAAAGAAGAAAAAGAAAAAUGGAACAACGGCGCAACGGAGCCGAGCCGACCCGCGCGAACGUCGGCCCACGCGCUCCCCCCCCCGGCGACCUCACCGUACCAAUACCUCCCCUACACAUGCGCCCUCACGCGUCUGUCGCCAGCCGGCGCCUCAUCGCCGCUCUCCUACUUUUCCCCUCCCCACUCCCCGACGCAACUCUCUCUCUCUCCCCCCUCUUAUUCGUUCUCUCUCCCUUUCUCAUCACCACCUCCUCCACCGCUAACAACCAAUACCUGCCCUAAUCCUGCCCAACCACCGCCACCAUGGGUGAUUUGACGGAAUCUGCCGCGGCGCAAUCGCGUCCGACGAUGCCGAUCCGCGAGGACUGCUGGAGCGAGGAGGCCACAUCCACGCUCGUCGACGCCUGGGGCCGCCGUUACCUCGAGCUCAACCGCGGCAACCUCCGCCAGAAGGACUGGCAGGAGGUUGCGGACGCCGUCAACGAUCGCCACGGCCACGUCAAGAAGGCUCGCCGCACCGAUGUCCAGUGCAAGAACCGUAUCGAUACGCUUAAGAAGAAGUAUAAGGUCGAGAAAGCUAGGGUUUCUGAUUCUAAUGGAACCGUGACCAGUUCCUGGCCCUUCUUUUCCCGUCUCGAUGCCCUAAUUGGACCCAACGCUUCAGCCAAAAAGCCAUCGCCCUCGCCGACGUCGUCUCUGCCGGUUGCCCUUCCCUUGCCCUACCGGAAAAAUCCUGCUCCGGCACCGGUUCUUCCCCUGAAACGCCCGUCCCUUGCUGUGCCUGUUGAUGAUUCGUACUUUCGCCGGAACUAUUCAGCGGUUGCAGCAGCUGCGGCUGCAGCUGCGGAUUCCGACGCUGAGGAUGAUGAUUCUGAGGAUUCGAGGUCAAGCGGGGAGAGCGGGCAGCGGGAUGCAGAGUCUGAUGGGAUAAGGCGGCUGGCACGGGCGAUUGCCAGGUUUGGGGAGAUUUAUGAGAGACUGGAGGAAGAGAAACAGAGGCAGAUGAUAGAAUUGGAGAAGCAGAGAAUGCAGUUUGCCAAGGAUUUGGAGUUUCAGAGGAUGCAAAUGUUUAUGGAUACUCAGGUUCAGCUGGAGAAGAUCAAACGGUCGAGAAGAUCUGGUUCAAAUGGUGAUGAUAUGUACAGCUAGCUGCGUGGGAAAGAACUGCAGCGACAUUCCUACUAGAUUUUUAUUUUCGUUAUUAAUGUGUGAAAUGCAUCUAGUUCCAGCUGAUUUCCGGAAGGCGGAUGGUCGGGACCACUGAAGUGCUCAAUGUUGAUAAAUCAGUAGCAGAUGAGCUUUGAAUCCCACCACCCCGCCCCCCCAAAAAAACAAUAAAUAUUCUGAUGUUUGAGAUUUGAAUCCAGUGCACAUUGUCAUUUUAUUUUUCCUAGAGCAGACCGGUGCUCUCCGAGAAUGCACCCCUUCAGUGACUUCCAUUUUUUCCCUGAUACCAAACAGGAACAUCUAUGGUCUCUGAUGCAUGGUUUUGGGUCAGUAUUCUUCAAAUGCUCAUGGCUGCAUUUAGAAGAUGAACAGUUGUAAAUAGUAUUUCAAUGCAGGAUUUUUGUGCA